GUUAUGUGAGCUCGUGGAAGAAGCAUGCAGUGAGGAGAACAAAAAAAAAGCUAAAUAGCGGAUCUUUCAAAACGCUCACAGCUUUACGACGGUACCGAACGUCGUAGUUUAUUUUUUGCCCCCGUGUGGAGUUUCCGCUACUCGGUACCGAAAGGGAUGCAUACGUACACCAACGCAGCCAACCAAGAGCAGGAAUGAGAGCGAGAGCGCAGCAGUGAAAGAGCGAGAGAACGAAAGAGAAAGAGAGAGAGUGUGAGCAGAAGUGUGGAGAAGGCGCCCAAACGACGAGCAAAUGAGCGAAAUACAAUGCUCUGUGUGUGCUGGCCACUGUUUCGCUGUGUGUUAUGUUGUUUGGGCCGUGCGCGAUUAUGUACGCGCUCAGCGUAUAGCUGGUGGUGACGACGGCGGCGGCGGCGGUGGCGGCUUGAUGGUGUGAAACUAUGCUGGCGUACAGUGAGAGGAGCGUGCAACGCAUAACCGUGGCUGUGCGUUUGUGUGUGCGUUCGUGCGGUGUGCAAGUAUCGGAGAAAACCAAUCAUAAAUAGUUUAAAAAACACACCGUAAAGAAAAAAUAACAAACCGCCGUGGUUCGUGCAGAACAAAGUGUGGGCAGGUUCGGCGGUACUUUGCCUCGAGCAAUACCGCUACGAAUAGUGCUACCGUUUCACCGGAAGCACACAACGAAAAGCACUUCCGGAAUCGAACGAUGGAAGAACGUUUUUGAGGCUUGCCGACCGAGGAAACAAAUCUUUCUCCUGUGCCUGUAAACCACUGCCGUUCCUGCAUGCUCCACACUGUGCUCUUUGUUCUGUUUGUUAGUUAUCCUUAUCGCAAGCCAGUCGAGCUUGCUGCUUGCUUGCAUUAGGAUCCCAUGCCACCAAUUGCAUUUGUCCAGUGUCGUAGACAGGACAAUCACGCCGAACUCGUUUACACACGCUCACUAACAACAAGCGGGACAGAUCAACGGCAUUAUUGGGCAGCAAAUUUGGUGGCAAAACAUACCACGAGUGAUGAUAGGGCGUCCUCUUUCUUCUGUGUGAAUACGUGGCGGAACGUUGUACGAGAAUUCGUGAAAGUUCAUAAUUUGAUUUGAGCGUUCCUUCUUUCUUCCCGUUUUUCUGUAUGCAAAAACAAAACCGUUCGGGCAAUACACUCUCUGCAAACACGCGACCAAUCCUCCAGGACACGGCAAAAACAAGUAUUGGUCUUCCCGGACCGGAUCGGAAACCUGGCCGUGCUUCAGAGUCGAAGGGCAUGUUUACCACUUUCAUCGGCUUAAUUGAUAUUCAAUCAUGGUGGGAGGUGCCCUGCAUUGCGCACUUUUGUUCGCUGUUUAGUACCACCUUCCAGCUGCCUAAGUUUGAUAUUGAGGAUCUUGAAGAGGCCCUUCUUACCGAUGCCGAUACCGAGGGUGAAGUAGAUCUGAAAGUAUAUACCGCACGCCUGUUGCCGGAACUGAUCGUUGCACUGUUGAAGGGCUGUGACGCGCUUGCACAGAUAGGUGCACACAUCAGCCCAAGUAACUAUCAGAUGUUCCUGAGACGUCUGUUUCGUCAAAAAUGUCAGGAAAAUAAUGUGGAUAAUCCCUUCAAUACCGAUACGGACUUUGAAAAGUUGCCGCUACGAACCAAGAUCCUGAUAUUGAAAUAUCUGUGCGAUUUUCGCCUAGAUUCCGAAGACGUCAAUAUUACGUUUGCGAACUACGAAGCAGAUAGUUUGCGUCUGGAACCAAUAGGCUACGAUCGUAACGGAUCUUCGUACUGGCACUUUUUUGGCACACGUUUGUAUCGAGAAGAUUACGUGAGCGGUGGUAAAUCAAAAUCGGCCAAAUCAUCUGUCUGGCAGGUGAUUUGCUUCACCGAAGAAGAUUGGAGAAAUUUAGCCAACAAGCUCGACAAUUCCAGCAACGCAAAGGAGCGCAAUCUGCACGAUCUGUUGGUGGAAAAUUUUCUACCUUACAUUCCGAAAUUAUUUCGCGAUAAAGAAAGAGAACGUCGCAAUAGGCUUUUUGAACGGCCUAGAUCGACACGGAUAAAACUUUAUCAAGAAGGAAAAAUCCUGCGUCUGCAAGAGCAGCUCCAAAAACAACAACAAGAGAUCAAACGGGAAAGGUCGCCCCUUCCGGAAGUGGUACAGCAACAGACACUUCCACCGGUGCCGGAAAGAGCCCAAUCGCUGUCAGAAGCACGUGCGAAACGAGCCGAACGACGAUCUCGAUCCAAUUCCGUCACAAGUAUAGUUUCGCCAUACGAUAGCUCCCCAGACGAGGCAUCCCUUCUCACGCGUGAUUUUAUUUUUCAGCCAAAAGAAAACGCAUUCCGUAGCAAAGCAAAUAGCCCAUACCUUUAUCGCAGCACCACUAAUUUGAGAGGUUCUACUUCUCCAUCAGUAGGUUCACUGUUGGAGCAGCAAGAAUUGCUGGACCAUUACGGCGGUAGCAACAUACCAAAGGGUACCAGCCCUAUCCGUAGCGUAUCGUCCGCAUCAUCAUCACGAUCAAGCUCGGUUGAUUCUCGUGAUCAGAGUAAUUUUGGUUGCAAUAGUAGCUACGGUCGAUCGGAAGACAGCGAAAGCCAGUACGAUAGCAAACCAACGAUCUAUCACGAUUCGUACUACAUUGUAAGCCGGCGAGAGGAUAGUGAAAGUGUCCAUAGCUUCAGCGAUAUCGAAGCGGAAAACAACAUCAAUAGUGGCAACACAGAUACGAACAACAAACAGCAACUGGUGGAAUCGUCGGAAGUAUCCUCCAUCAUCAAACCAUUGUGUCAGCAGCAAACGAAAGCAGAACGGAAAGAUCGUCCCGUCCGAUUAGUUAGUGCUGAAGUUGAGAAAUUACUACGCUCCAAUCACAACAUGGCGCCGACAGCAACCAAGCUACCUGGUCGUCAGACGAACAAUUCUUUAUCCUCCGUUACUGGUCCCGUCAUAUUACCAUUCGGCGAUGCAGCUGCUAAAGGCACAGCCAGCAACAGUGGCAAGGGAAAUGAUACUGCGCCGGGUACAAACCAGGGCAGGAAAAAGAAAGGCAAAUCUACUAAUGUUAUAACAACCGCUGCUACCUACGCCAACACUAGUUUCACCAAAACAAGCUGUUCCGCUUCCUCAAUUUUCGUAUCAUCAUCUCUUAGCUUUACCGAAACCGAUGAAGUGCUGCAGAUCGGUAUGCACAAGGUGCUUGAAAGCAUCAAGAAUCACGACGAUGCCUGGCCAUUCAUGGAUCCGGUCGAUGAGGACAUUGCACCGAAGUAUUACUCGAUCAUACGAAGGCCUAUGGAUUUGCAAAAGAUGGAAGAAAAGCUAGACAAUGGAGAAUACAUGAUGUUCAGCGAUUUCCAAAACGAUUUUAAGUUGAUCGUCAACAAUUGUCGGCUGUACAAUGGGCAGGCAAAUGAGUAUACGGAAAUGGUAAACAAUUUGCAGAUUGCAUUUGAACGUGCCAGGAAGAAAUAUUUCGACGAAAACUCAUCAGACGAAGAACUUAUGAGUCACGAGUAUCCAGAUGUUAGCCGAGCGAAUGCUGCGUUUAAAGAAAAAAUAUCCUCAAAGGAAAGCAGCAAACCAAUCUCCUCCGACGCGGUGAACGGUAAGAGCGAAAGGCAGCAGGGCAAGUCUGCGAAGGAAGCGGGCAAAGCAGGAGACUACGGAAAAGAGAAAUCAAAGAAAAGUGCUAGUUCUGGCGGCAAUGGCAAUAAUAGUUUAAGUGCAAAGUCUAACACCAGCUCCAAUGCAAACUCCAAAGAUAGUGUUGAUGCAUCAUGCCGGGGGAAUGACAAAGCGGGCAAAGAAUGUAAAACAAAAUCAGUGAAAAGUGGUACGGCUGUGGCAGACAAGAAAGGUGGAAAAAAUGUGUCAGUUGAAAAGAGGCAUCCGGCAACGGUCGGAGCUGGAUCUAAAAAACAUAAAACCAAUAAACAACCAGAAGUGGACUCGGAACCGGAUCCCGAUCCGGAACCGCCGGAAAAGGAUAAAAACGCAUCGCGAGUGAACAAAACUGUAAAACGCAAGCGAAAGGAGAAAGAGAAAACUGAUAAAGUAAAAAACAAGAAACAAAAAACAGAACAAGAUGAUUACAGUGAUAUAGACGUACCGGAGGAUGAGGAAAAUGUGGAUGUGAAAAGUGAAGCAGAACAAGAGUGCAGUGAACCUGAACGGAAACGUUACAAGAAGGAUCAAGUGAUGGAACAUGCGGAACCAUCGAGAAAAUUGCUGGGAGAAGUAGAUAUGAUUACGAAGGGGGACAGUAAGAUGGUUGAAGAUGUGAAGGAAGAAGAGGACUUUCCAGUGUAUGAGAGCAAGAAGAAGGCUGCUAUCAAGGCGUUGCAGGAGAAAGAGAAAAAGAAAAACAGUGCUAAAGUGAAGAAGGAAGAAAAGAAAAUCAACAAACCGUCAAAAGCAGCAAAAGCGAAGGACGUAAAAUGUGAAACGUUUUCCCCAAGUCGGGGCCGAUCGAUGUCCCGUUCGCCCAGUCCAUCGCAGGAUGUUUCAUCGCCCACGAAACAGUCACCCAUUCGAUCAUUAAGUCCAAAGAAAAGGGAAACUGCACGUGAUCUAUCUUCCGAUACCGGCGAUCAUAAUUCGGUGCCAGGCAAAACUGGGUCCAAAAAAGGGAAGGAGAAAAACGGCACCGAAAGCAGUGACGCUCAUCAAAAGCCGCACAAGAAAGCGAGCACCAUGAAGGGGGGUUCAGCAAUUGCGGUGGCGAAAUUGGAUAAGAAGACAAAAAAAUCGGGCACCCUUUCAUCGGGGAAGGGCGGAAAAGGGCGACAAAAGAAGGCGGGAAGUGGAAAACGGAAACCGGUGACCGACCUGGAGGAGGAGUCUGAGUAUGAGGAAAUGUCAGAUGAUCGCAGAGAUUCGAUACAGCUACACACCAAUGGCGAUCGCAUCGAUGUGACCGACAUGAGCGAUUUUGAGGAUAUCGAAGAUACACGCGUGAAGGCACACGAUAACAGCAUCGACGAAUCGGCAACGGACAAACCAUCGGAAAAGGCAAAAAGUAAGAAGAACAAAACGAGCAAGAAAAGUGUCGGAAAAUCUAGUGCUAAUGAGCAUCACCGCGCUAAAAAGAGUGGUAGCAAAAGCAAGGUAAAGGGUAAGGAGAAAAAGCUGGACAAAAAAUCUCACAAGCGCGAUAAAAUCGGUAAAGGUAAGAAAAAGUCCAAAGCUUCCAACAACGAUCACACGAUUGGUGAAGAUCGGGAAACAAUGUCGAGUAUCGGCGAGGACGAAGACGGGAUAGAUUAUGAUCAGAAAACGGAAGAGUUCGGAGAAGUGGAAAAAAGUGCCUCAAAACCCGUAAAGCAAUCGAAGGAUUCGCGUUACCACUCAGCACAGCGAUCAGUGUCAAGGUCUCCAAGCCCAGCUAGAUCAUACUACUCUGACGAUCGCUCGAUCCGAGAUAGUGAGGAAGAGGAUGAUGAUGCUGAACAUGAACGUGGCUCGUCAUCGCACAAGCAAACCGAUGAAUCACUUUCAGCCAAUCGGUCAAUCACACCUGACAUAAAGGAUAAAUUUGAUCUCAUCAAAGAACGGCGCAACAGAGCAGCGGCAGCGGCUGCAGCAGCAGCAGAGGCUAAGGCAUUAGCCAAACAGGCGAAAGCUAAAGGUAAGGACGCCACAGCUACGGCUGGCUCUUCUGGGAAGAAAGGCAAAUCGUCUAAGGGCAGCAGCAACCGCGGUCAAAAGCAACAACGCGAUGCAGAAGAAAGUACCGUUCUCAGUGCAAGUGCCUCAUCGUCCGGCGGUAGCAAACAACAGCAGAAGAAACAGCAACAACAACAUGAUGAAGAAGAUGAAAAAGCUUCCAGCGAGAGCAAAUCAGCCAAAGCUGCGGGAGGUGCCCUAUCAAAAGGCAAGAAAAAUCGAGAUAAAGCAACGGGUAACAGUAGCGAGUCGUCGACAGUUUGGGCCAAACCGAGUGACAAAAAACAUACACGCCCGGGUUCAUCAGCUGACAGCGGUAAAACAGUCGACCGAAGCAACGAAUACGAUUUCGUAGAUGACAGCGUAGCGGCGGACUCAAAAGCGGAUAAAAACCAUACCAAAUCCUCUAAUGCUGCUGGCAAUGCAUCCAAAACGGGAAAGAAACCAACCGUAGCUGUGGGAUCGACCGGACAAAUCGGUACGACAUCUCAAAAACAUCCAAAAUCGAACGCCAAAAUUAUGCCACCGUCUUCAAGUAAGCACUCGAAAACGGCUCCAACUUCGGCAGCAAGCGGUGCUGGUGCAGCAGGCGCCAACAUGGAGGAAUUGGAGUUAGAAACAGAACAAACACUGAAAGACAUAAACAAGUGGCUGGAAAAUACGCCACGUUUUCCCGAGUACAGUUCCGCUAGCAAUUCCCCAUCGCGAUAUAUAAUGGACGAUUUCGACACGGUACCAGUGAAGAUCGAGCCGGCCGAUUUUCGCAAACCGAUUCCUCUAUCUCAGCUGCCCGCGGCAAACGAUGCUUCUGCCGGUCCGUUACGAGGUGCCAGUCCCGGGCUGGCGACGAUGGCAGCCCCACCAAAGGCAUUUUCACCUCGAGCAGCAGCCAAUGCAAAAGAUUCACAAACCACUUCCUCGACCGCUGGCAAACAACCGAGUACGAAGUUGCCUCCACAACCGAAAGAUGGCGCUAAUAAGAGUGAAGCUGGAACCGUAGGAGCUGAUGCCAACCCCGCUACCGCCACCGCAUUGAAAGAUUCUACCAACAGUAACAACGGUGGAUCCAGUGGGGCUGGUUCAUCUGCGGCUAGUGGCAAAGCUGCGGGCUCCACAAGCCACACUAUUUUGGGCCCACCGCCGAUCAUACCACCGCACUCGCAGAAAAAGGAACCCAAAGAACCAAAGCGAAAAUCUUUAAAGGAAAAGCUAUCCCUUGGACUUGGGGUAGGUGGGCGCAAACGUGAUUUGCAUCACCACCGCACGACCAUAGAUCGAUUACAGCCGGGUAAAACGAAGGGCAACCUGAUAGGAACGAUUCAGAAUCUCAACAAACCGGAUGAAUUGUUCCCGCUCGGUGGUAAUGGCGGGCCAGGUGGCAGCAGUGGUGCCGGUAGCAAUCCACUCAACAAGGUGAAGGAGGUGAAGAAUUCGUUGAUCGUGAAAACGGACGAAUCGAAACCGAAGCUUAGUCUCGGUACAGUGCUAAAUACGGAAGGGUUUGGUAUCGUGCAACAGCACAACUUUGCCGAUGACGAGAACGAUCCGGACCGACGAUCACUGGGAUCGAAAGAUGAUGGAGGCGACGAGGAUGAUCCGGUUGCUGCUAUUGGUAGUGGAACAGCAAAGCCCUUGAUGAGCUCGUUGAAGGCCACCGCACUGGUCAAUGUAGGAGGAGGUUCACCAAUAAGUGUACGGGAAGGAGCAUCUGUAUCAAAGAAGGAUGAACCCUCCUCCAGCGGAACGGUAGCGGGAGAGAAAUCAGAAACUAGCAGUGAUCUUGUUGCAGCGGAAGCAAAAAGCACUACGUCGUCAGUUGUGGAGAAAUUGUUCUCGCAGGAGGACGUAAAAUCGGGCAAAGACGAAACAAAUGCUAAGGAUCCACAGUGUAACAAAAGUAAGGAUAAACCAUCUGCAACGCCUAACCUUAACGCUUGGAUUAAGGCAUUUGGUGCUCCCAAAAAGCCGAAAAAAUCCGAUGACACAGAAGAGCCCAGUAAAGGUUCGCCGGUGAACGAGAAAGGCAAGAUCAACGAGAAUACCUCCACGCAAUCGUCCUCGAACGAAUCCUCGUCCGGCAUUGGAAGCCUUCCCACUGUUCCCGGUAGUCUCGAAAGUCCUAGUUAUCCGACACUUCCAACCGUGCCUCGGCAAAGAAAGGCCAGUACAGGGAGCACGGUGAGUGAACGAUCGUCAUACAGCCAAGAUCCGGACAGUCCGCGCAUUGGCAUCGAUGAGCGACUCGGAGCGUAUCCCGCACCAUACCCAAGUCCGAUCGGUGCAUCUCCAAUCAUGACGUCGCCGAAGCUGGAUGAAACGCAGAAGAGUCCCUAUCAUCCACUGAACGGUGCGAUAAAGGUUGGUUUCUAUCAGGACACCACGCAGAAAAGCAGCCCGGAGAAGAGUUGCAGUCCGCGGGAUUUACCGUCGCCGUAUCCGCAGUACUCACAACAUUUGUAUACCUCCAACACAGCUAACGCUUCCGCUAGUACGGCUGGUACGAACAAUAACAUUGGUGGCAAUACCGCAGUAUACGGCAACUACUCAUCGUACGGCGCUUCAACGUCUGCAAUCGGUUCCACGGGUUCAGCCGUUAACCAGAAUAAUCCGUCAUCCGGUGGUGUAACGGAUAGUUUUAAAGGUUAUGGAAAGGAGCUUAAAUCACCGGUCGAUUUCUACGAUCAGUACAAACAGCCAGCUUCGCAGGAAUCGGACUACAACUCUUCUAUGAGUCCCAGUACAAAUCCCAACUCUCCAUAUCAUAACCCGGCCUCAUCACCGUACCAGCAGCAACCGAACUCGCCUUCCUGCUAUCAGCAGCAAACGGCGGCUUCUUCCUCCCCGUACGGACACCAGCCACCAUCGCUUGCUUCGCCGGCGUCUUCGGGUGGUCCACUGUCACCGUACAAUGCAGCAGCCGUUCCACACAGUCCGGCCACGAGUCAAACCACUGCUGCAGGUGUCAGUGGUCACUCGCCGUAUAAUCCCAACCAGGGACAGUCGCCUUAUCACAACAAUCAGGGUCCUUCCGCCUCAACGUCUCCAUCCGCUGCGAGUACGGUGGGAUCUACCGGUCAACCUAAACUGCAGUCCAAACCAAAUACACCGUUACACCAAAGCCCCAACUCACCGUUUUCACAAUCAAACCAAAGUUCGCCCUAUUCGCAGCAGGAUCCCAACUCACCAUACUCUUCCCAGGGUGGCCAACUAUCGCCUUUUCAACCGAUGUCACCUAAACCUCCGGCAGCGUCGGCGGUGAGCAGCGGCAACAGCAGCAACACUAACAACAGUAAUGCAAUCAAGCUGGCACCACCAAUUAUAACACCCCAGCAGGCUGCAGCUGCGGCUGGUGUGAUCCUUCCACCAGAAUCUCCGGUCCACUCUCAAACACAAUCGACACCGCCGACUGGCGUAAGCCAGGCACAAAACUUGACUGGAGGAAAUGGCACUGGCAGCGGGGGUAAUAAUCAAUCAUCAAGCACACCGGGAACAACCAUCCCAUCCGCACCGAUGCAACUAAAUUCGCACCAGUCGCCCUGGGGUGCGCACCAUAAUCAAUACAAUCCGUACUUGAACCAUCCGGGUGAUACGGCCGGAGGGGCGGGAAGUAUGGCAUCAUCGUUGCCUCCAGCGCCGGCACAUAUGCCACCAUCGCAGCAAGGGCACCUGAGCAAUGUACACACGCAUCCAUCACCCGCCCAUUCACAACACCAGCAACAUCAACAACAACACCAACAACAGCAUCAACUACAACAUCAGCAGCAACACCAGCAAGAACAUCACCAGCAACACCAACAAAAUCAUCAGCAGGCCCACGGACAUCAUUUGGCAACGGCACAGCAGCAACAACAAAGUCAUCUCGGCAACCUGUUGAUGGGGUCCAACAACAAUCCAUACACUUCCACUUACGGGCGACCAUAUGAUCUUAAUUCUGCGUCAGCUUCGACGACCUCAGUAGCAGCAGGAUCGGGAACAACAACGACGUCCAACAUCGAUCAUCAUCAUGCGCAACAUCAUCCACAACAUCUGCACCAUCAGCAACAGCAACAUACGGCUGCGCAUCAUCAACAACAACAACAUCCUAGUUUAAGCGGGAUCAGCAACAAGAACAGCCCUAGCACGGCCUCUAUCACCAACUCUUCAAAAGUACCUGAAAUGAUAAAUCUAGGCUAUAGCGAACCAGAAACCAAUAGCACCAAACCUUCGCAGGACGUACCGAUGAACAUGGAAUCCUCAGGUGGUAUGGCCGGCGGUCUUGGUAAGGAGAAAAGUGACGGUACGAAAGACAACAAACACUUGCAACAGCAGCAGCAGCAUCAAACAUUCGAUCACCAUAUGGGUGGUAUGGGAUACGGGAAUCCGAUGGAUAUAUCCCUCAGCAAAUCAAAGGCGUUCGAUAUGUUUAAUCGCACUGCGGCGAUGGGUUUCCCUCGUGGAUUUGGCGCUCCGGGGGUACAUCAGCCAACUUCCGUCGGUAACGCGAGCAGUACGGCCAACAACGCUCCCAGCGGCUAUGAUCAUCGCUCAAUGCAACAAGCGGCCAACAUAAACAAGGCACACGAUAUGAGCGGAGGUGGAACAACAUCAAGCGGGUCUUCUGCGACAUCCGGGUACAACAUGCAACAGCAGCAAUCGGCUGUAGGAAAGUCUAGCGCAGGAAAUCAACACCCAACGGCAGAUCAACCACAUCUUCCAAGGUAUGAUCAGCGCAGUCCGCAACAUUUGCAGCAGCACCAACAACAACAGCAUGGUGGAGCUACUGUGGCUGGUUCUACAUCGCAAGCAAGUAAUACGGCGGAUCUCAGUAGCACCGGUGGAGGUUACAAGCCGUACGGUGCAUCUACAACAUCGGCUACCUCCGCAUCACUGAUGGAUCCAGCAAUACGCAACCUCAGCUCACUAUCAUCGCUCUACAAUCCGGACGAUCGUCUACUAGUCGGUGGUCCGGGUGCAGGUGGUACCACCUCCGGCAGCGCUGGUGGCGGAUUCUACGACAAAGGUAUGCCACCGGCUGCCCACAUGUUUAGCAAAAAUCUGCCCCAACCGUCCCCUGUGUCAUCGUCGGCAGCCACAACGUCGUCGGCUGCUGCGUUGCAACAGAUGUUUAACAACACCAUGGCGGCCACUACGAUGGCCGCGGCGUACAAUUCAAACCGCGAACAGUCUAAUGCUGCGUCCUACGUGCCAUCACCAAACUAUCAUCAUCCGCAGCAACACCACCAGCGCAACGAUAUGAUGAGUGCGGGCAACAUCCAGUCGCAAAAGCUGUCUCACAAUGCCAAUGUACCGCCAACGACGGGCAGCGGUGCAUCCGUUAGUGAACCGGCGCCGGCUCCAGCGAAACCAAAGCGAACAAGAAAAAAGAAAGAUCAAAAUCAGGAACUAAUGGCUCAGCAUCAGCAGCAACAACAGCAAUCGCUACAUCAACAUGCAAUGCAUGCCGCACACCAGCAACAAACGCUCGGUGCUCAUCAAGGAUUCCCACCGUACCCUGGACUGAAACCGCCGAACCCUUCCUCUUCUGGCGGUGGUGGCUCGACCGGAAUGGGUUCGUCGACUGCUGCUCCCGGUACAGUUGGAAAUCCGUCGAGCAGCGGCGCAGAAACGUCCGCGAUAUCUCUGAAAACGACCAACAUAGUUCCUGGCAGUGCGUUUAACUUUGGUCCUGGUCCAACCGGUCUCGGUUUGCCCCCGGGCAGCCUGUACGGGGAUACCUCCGCUAGUACGUACCUGGAAGAUUCGUAUCGCAACCCCCAGAACCCAUACUACCUGCCGCCAAGCCAUCGUGGAACGGCAGCAGCGGGUUCCGGCGGUACCGGUACGGAAGCGGACAAGCUUGGCAAUCCAAUCGGCGCGCAGCCGGCGGCACCGGGUUCAGUGGCUGCCGCCGCCGCAGUUGCAGCGGCUUCUGCUGCUGCCGUGCAUGGUCCACCGCCACCGACCGCUGCAUCCCCGUACCAUCAGUUCCUGGCUUCGCAUCAUGGUACGCGCCCGUAUCAGUUCAUGAACCAGUUUGAUCCACUCCAUCAACAGUACCUGCGACAGGAAGAGCUUCGGGCUCAGAUGAUGAUUAACCAAGGGCUGCUUGGUGCACCGCCUGGUACAACACCAUCCGUUGCGUACGGCCAGCCCGGCUAUCACCAUCCUGCGAUCGGCAUGCACAAACCAUACGACGCGAUGAACAGCAUGAACCGAUCGCCAUUCCUAUAACAUCCGCAACCACCGAUCGGUGCGAACUUAUCGGAUGGACAGCAGUAGGCAACAGAGGUGAAGUUGUUUCAGGAACGCGACGUUACAUCCCCUGCAACGUACAUCACAUCACAAAGCGUUUUCCUUCGUUCUAAGAACGACAAAAAACCCAUAACACGGAAUUGUAGAGCAAUUAUGCUACAGCCCGAAUUCGCAGAGGUUAUACAUUUGCAAAGCUCUUGAUUUUCACAUUCACGUCUUACGUUAAAGUUGCUGUAAGUUGGCGAAUAAUUUGAAACUAAGAAAAGCGGAACUUUCUUCAUAUUGCAAAGAAAGGUACCACUAUACUAUACUCAACGUUUAGGAGGCUGUACUGCACCAUACACCAGCUGCACUGACCGAUAUAUAGUCUCUAUAAGGGAUUUCUUUUUUUAAAUAGUUUGACUUUACUAAUGUGCUGUUUGUGAAAAAUUGUAGAAAGAGUGUAAAUUCAUUAUUUAAGCUCCGUUCCUGUUCCAGGAUGUUAAACCCUGGAAGGGUUAGUUGUUUGUGCCAGAUAUGCGAAGGAGGUAAUAGUUGUCCGAUUCUUAGAGGACAAUUAGUGGGUGCCGUAUGAUGCGAGUAUUUUUUGUUUGUUAUUCCAUGUAAAAGGCUAUAAGUUCAAUCACCUCAAAAACUAAUAGAUUGUGCGUAUAAUCUUCAUUGCUUAUAAAUUCACAUUAUUCAAAGUGUCUUCUCUGUUUCUUGUCUUAAACGACAAUAAUCCAGUAAUAAGUAAUAGCGGUUUAUUGUGGGAAGAAAAAGGGAGCGGCUUAGCAAUUGUUAAAAUGACUAAUUGUUUGCGAUCCAUUCAUCAUUUGUAAAGUUGAGUGUUAUUUAUGAUAUUCCUCUGCCACAGUUUAUAUUUCAUCCGUUUACGUACAAUGAAUUUUCCAUUUGCACUGCUCUAUACGCUGUAAACUAUGCGUAUAGUCAUAUAUCUUAUGCUAACAUUGACCAAGCAAUGGUUUCAGGAAGAAAAUAAUUAAACAGAGCUGUAAACGAAUAAAACCUUCCCUUUGGUUUUAUUAUAUUUCGAUUUUCUAUCAGGGCGAACCUUCUUUUUGCAGAUCAAUAAGGUGACACAUUCCCACAAACACACGAAUUGCGAAUGAAAUACACACUUUGAACAAAAUCACUCAAUAAAACGUAAAACAUGUUUAAACAGUAAACGUAUAUCAUUAUGCUAAACAAAAGGUAAACCAUACUGUUACUAGUGAGAUAACAAGAAAAGUUUAGGUUCCCAACUCUUUGCGCCUUAUUUGGGACAUAAUUUCCAGCAAAAUCGUGCAACCAGAGCGUGAACCAGAAAGCAUACAAACUAACGAAUAGGGAAUUAAUUUAACAAAAAAGCUAAAAAACACACAAAAAAAACCAAGAGAAAAGGAUAGAGAGAGUACUUUAGAUGUUGCAUUAUAAUCAAAAUUUGUCUAAGAGAUCUAUUUAUACACGAGCGUCACAUAGAUGCUAACAGUUUGUAUCUGGAUUCGAAUUGUUUGUUGUGUACGGUUUAGUUCGCUGUGCUUCUGCUCAUCACAUGCAAAAAGAAAAUGUGCUUUUGUAUGCUGGUUGGGUACAGUUAGUUUGAUCAAUCAACAAAUGAUGCAAAACAGUUGUAUAAUCCUUAAAGCGAAUAAAAAGUAAAACAAUGAAACCUAUACAUAUAGUAAUGAUCCUGAAAAAAGGAAACCGAUCACUGUUCUCUCUUUCUUUCUCUCUUUCUGGCUCUCGUUCGGUUAAACCAUUAUUCAUCUGAUAGUAAGGCCAACGGAAAAGGGCUGAUGUAAAUAGACAUUUUUAAAUGCAGCAAGGCAGUAUAAUAAUUUUUUUCUCUCCAAAUGUUAUCAACAACUCACAGGGACACAUUAAACAUUGAACUGGUAUUGCAAAUUUGCGAAUGUUUAGUUGUAUUUAAUCAUGAAUUUUUGCUUUGUAAAUAAACUUAAACCUCACCAGUUCCUUUUCAUACGACCAACAACUUUUUUCUUUGCUAGAAAGGAAAAUUAAUUGUAAAAUCUUCCGUUCCUUCUAUACAUGUUGUAUGUACUGGUGCGUAGACUAAGCAAAGAACUUGUUAAUUUGUAGCGCAAAACGCGUAACGAAGCAUAACACUUUGUCGAACUAGUAGCGUAAAAAGCGUCGUUUGAUUAAACGAAACGUUGCGAAACAUAAACUAUCCGGCGUCGCCGGUAAGAGAUCGGUACGUUUAGGUGUGAAAAAUCAUUUAACAACAGAUUGCGAAGAAAAUGCGUUUUAGUAAUAUGCUAGCCAUCGGAGUAGAUUAGUUAAUACGCGUUUUACCGAUACCCUUCAACGCUCCACAAACCGACCACAGCAGACGUGUUUUGGGCGCAUAUACGACACGAGCACACAAAACUAUUAAUGCACUCACACACCAUUGUUUCAGCAAAAAAUGCCGGCUGACAGUGCAUCUGAAAGCAGCUGUAGUAUAAAGUUAUUGAAGGAUCACAAAACAUAGCAAAACCUGUACGCAAACGGCAUAAGGAACUGUUUUUUCGAGACGUACAUUUGUAGAAUAACCGUGUCGUGUGUAGGGUUAGGUGUAUGCUGUGUGUGCCUGUUGUGUGCAUUUCAUCGCUGUGUUAUGACAAAUUAAUCCAAAACAACAAAACAAAAUGCUGUCUGUUGUACUGCGUGAUAGGCACAAUAGUAAAUGCAGACGCAGAAGUGGAAACGUGUUAACUGAUGAAUAGGGGGGAGAGACGUAUAGGAUUUUUCGUUUUAUAGCAAACGUUGUAUUUAGAGAAGCAAAAACCGACAAAAGAAAAAAAUACUUGUUUGGUUGAAUCUAAAGCUUUUGUUGAACCAUUUCGGUACAGUUUUCUAUUUUGAUGUAGUUUAAAAUGCGAAAUUUAUACAUAUUCGACCUAUAUUAUAUAUGGCAAGCAUAAAGUAGCAUAAACGAGUAUAGAUUAAAAAUCAACCACAAGGCACAGAAUACGUGUACCCGAUGUGUUAAAUAUGUUUCUUCGUUUUUGGGAAAAAAACCCUUGCGUUCUAAUAAUAAUCUUACGCAAAUCGAUUGUAAAGUGUGACAACAACAAAGUAGUGCAAAGAGUAACAAGAACAACAAAAACGAAAAAAAUAAGGAAAAUAAUAAUGUAAAACACACAACAUACGAAAACAAACAACACAAGAAAUAAAAGAAAACAUAGUGAAUUUAAAAGAGGCAAACAUGCAA